AUUAUAUUGUAUAUUAAUAGCAUUGUUAUAAUCUAUAGAAACAGUCUAUCUGGGCGCGAUUGGCUUGCAGGUUAGAGAUGACAAUAUCGUUGAUUUCGUUCGCAUACUUUGUGUUCUUGCUGGAGAAUCUAUCGGAAACACUGAUCAACUUGUCUAGAUUAAUUUGUUCCUUAAUCCCAGAUUGGUUAAGAUGCUGAAAUAGUUCCACGAGAAAGCGCAGGUCAACACUGAUCUGAAGUAGACCGCUCGAGUUAAAUUGCUGUAUACUUUUGAGACUUUCAAUCAAUUUGAAAAUGAAGUAGUUAAUCAGAUCAAGCUCAAUUCUCAGGAUGUAAUUUUUGUUCGCCUUGUGGCCUAGCAGUUUUGACUUCACCAGAAUUAUCAGGUUAAUUGGUUGCAAAAUGAAUUUUGAAACAAGAAUUUGCCUGGCCGAGAAUUGGAACCAAUCAACGCUCUUCACUCCGCUAAAAAUGGUUUCCUCUAACUCUUUUUUGUAACCGUUCAUGUAGUCCUCAUAAACUCUUUUCUCAUAUUUCUCGAUCUUGCCGUAGACGUCAACACUGGAUGUGCAGUACUUGGUGCCAAAAUUAGUAUCGAAAAUUUUCAAGAUUCUAGGCAGAAGACGCAAUUUCAGCAGCGACAAGUUGCUGAGAAUGGCAGGGUAGUAAAAGUCUUUGUCUUUCGUGCCAUCCGCAUUGACGAUUAUACAUUCCAACUGGUUAUCAGCAAUAAUAUCAAGAGAUGCGAUAAAUUGCUUUUCGACAUUGGCCAACAGUUCUGACUCCCUUUCGUAGAUCAAGCUGCGCAGCUUCGGGAUGAACAUCUGAUAGAAGUUGAUAACGUAGUCUGCGGUUUUCGUGCAACCUUCAAAUGUUUUACUAAUCGUCCAAUCUUCGGUAUGUUUCAGCCGCUUGGUAUCUUUAAUCAAAACACACAAGACACCGUUGACGAGAUUGGAGUUGAUUGUUCUCAAUGUCGACACAAACCUGCUAUAUUCGAGAGAAGUCUUAUUUUUCAACUUAUCGAUGGUCUUUUCGAGUUCUUGUUGGAGAACAAUGCAGUUAUUGAGGGUUGUCAGAACAUAUGAGUGAGGCGGGAUAAAUCCGUACGAAUCCAAGGAUGUGGGAUCUUUGGGAGGAUGCUGAUUUGUUGCGGAAGGAGCUGUUUUGGUGCUUAGUUCUGCGCUGGUGGCAUCAAAGAUAAAUCUGAGCUGUCUACACAGCUUUUCUGUGAGCACUUGUAGAUACUCCUCGAAUUUCUUUAUCUGAUAAUCUUCGAACUUUAAAUGCUGGCGAGAAUGAGGGUUUUUGAUAUUUAAGUCGCGUUCAAGAUCAUCAGAAGUGAAAAAAUCAAUCAUGGUGGCAAACUUAUAGAAUCGAUUGGUAAUGAUCUCCUCAGUCAGCUCACUGACAUAGGCUCCUAAGAAGCCCCACAAAUUUGCAACUAAAGGGGGGUCCACAAUUUCAACGUCAGAUCCGUGCUCUGCAAUCAGGUAAUGCGCGUGUUUCAAUGCAGCAAUGGAGAUCUCGUAGCUAUUUUCACUAUUGUAGGCCCGAGUGAGGUUUUCACGAGCCUUAAGGAAACGCGAAAGCUGAACCUUGGUGAGAUCUCCAUCAAUGCUCUCUUGGAUAUAAUUGUAUUCAAGGUUCAGAAAGUAUGGAAUUGGGUUUUCACUGACUCCCAGUUCUAACAAUUUCUUGAUGAUUGAAAGGAAGGAAGACUCAGAUUGUGCACUUAACGAGCUAACAUUCUCAAUGUGUACGUUCCCCAGUUUUUCCCAUAGUUGUUUCUUGUACUCUGAAAUGGUGUCCUCCACCUCAGCCCAUAUUCUGUCUAAGACAGGUUUAUUUUUCUCAUCGUUCUUGGUUGAGCUGAGAUAUACUCUUUUUCCUGCCAUGUACUCAUUAAGAAUGGAAUCAAAAUCCCCUUUCGCCACUAGUUUUGUUAGCUUUUUGGGAAGGUCCAAAAGCAAGCUGUUACUGGAGAUCAUCGACAAAAAGCUUUCGAUCUCUGUCGCUCUCUCCAUACCAUCAAACACGGGGUUCAACAUCAUUGUUGAUGAAGUGUUAGCUUUCGCUAUGGACUCACUCAGAGCAGUCAAGUUUGCGGAAAGAUUACUCAUGGAGUAUUCGCUAUAAACCUCAUCGAGCAGCUUUUUAUUAUCAAUAGCUUUUUGGAAAUUCUCUCCGAUGAGUCGCUGCAACCUGGGUUUUUCAGCUUCGAUACUUCUCUCUAAAUAUUCAACACUUUUCUGUAGCUCUCUGUAGGUUUUUUCUCUGUGUAUAGUAGUCAAAAACAAGCGCGCAUUGAACGAUUUUGAGUCCACCAGAAACUUGAGCUUUUUAGGGUCCCUUGUAUCAUCAAUCACAUCUUUGUCAAUAAGUUCAUCCAGGAUCGAUUCGUGGAAUCCCAAUGGGUCCGUCAGAUUAAAGGCUGAGCGCCGUUUCUCUGCUGCCGGCUCGUCAGGCUGAUCUGUAAGCAACUUGUUGAGCUGUUCCUUGGGGAUUCUUUUAGUGAUCUGGUCCAAAUUGUCAUUUUCGUCCAGCACAAUCGGAUUUGAGGCAAUCGAUGCCGUUGAGUAUUCGGAAGGCUCCAGGGUGCGAAGUUGGUAAAAGUUGAGAAGCGUCUUUUCGUCUACCUCUUCCAUGUAUUCGGUGUUCAUGGGGAAGAAAAUAAACAGAGAAAUAAAUUUCGUCGCGUCGAUAAGUUUAUGGCAAGAUUUGGGCAUCUACAAAGCACCGCCCUCAACAGGCCCCCAUCUGUUCAACAUCUAGGCAAGUUAGCCCAGGCGCUUGGGCAGUCCUGGGCCAGCUCAGCUGUCUCUCUUAUUCUUCGUCCUCGGCUUUCCGCACGUGGUUAAUUUCCCCAUUCGGAAACCAAAUAUAAAAUGCUCAGCUUUUUUGCUUCGUGGAGCAAAACUUGCUGACUUGCUUUCUACCAUGGCUGCACAGAAAUCAGCAUCGCUCGAUGCUCCCCUCGAAAUGAACAAACCAAGCACCAUCGAAUCAAUGCCGAUUCUGCCUGACCUGGCUGAGCCGGUGACGAAUUUGCAGAUGGACUAUUUAUUCUACAAGAAAUCACUGCUCACAAAGACAGUGUUCAAAUCCAAAGCUGUUGCGUCUUUGCUUGUUGCUGCGUUUGCAGGAUUAUUUUACCGUAAAUUUGGGCCUUACUUCACUCCAUACAACUUUAGGAACGGAACCAUCGAAGGGUUGUACAAUAUCUACCACUCUCCAUUUUUCAUCCAAGACGCGUUUUAUCUUGUCUCCUCGACGUUUAUGAUCUUCUCUGCCACUCUUGUUGCCGCAUGGCUUCAUACAAACUUCUUGAAGUACGAGGCAGAGGAGGUGCCCAAGCACAUGGAACAAUAUUUUGGGCUGGACCUGGAAGACUAUGCCAAGAGUUCUGUCAAGUCUAAGCUCAGAAGAGUCCCAGCAGACAUAAAGCAGAAAGUCAAAUUCAUGGAGAAACACUCGUUUGUGAUACAAUAUCGCGACACGCCGGUUGCGUUUAUAGUGCAGCAGAAGAAGUCUGAUUCCAGCUUCAAAAUUACUGGUCUUGGCGUGAGACGGGUCUACGUCAAGUCCAAGAUCCUCGCAGACUUGCUUGACUGGGCCAAGAAACAACUUAGUCCCAAAGAAUCGACUUCGAUCACUGUCUACUCGUUUGAGACGUUUGACAUUGACAUUUUAAAAGAAAGCGGUUUCGAGCUGUUGAGAAAAGAGCCGUUAGACUCCUUUGUUCUGGGAACAUUGUUUGGCAUCACUCGCGACACAUACGUCUACGAACGGAGUAGUUGAACUUGCGAAUUUGAAAUCACGCUGUAUAUUCUUUCGUUAUCUAUGAUACAUUAAUGGCCGGCUUGCGCGGCUGUACUUUCCUGUAGGUGGAAAACAUCAUGGAGCUCGUCGUCUUCGAACUCGUUAUCAGUCUCUAUCUCGCGAAGAAGACCCGUCUUUACGUCAUAAAUAAACCCUAAUAUCUCAAGGCCGUUGUGUUUCGAUGCAGUCACAAAGCUAGGAUGUUUGCGGAUUUCGCUAAUGGAAUUGGCAAUGUUGAGCUCGCUGAGCUUGGUACAUUUAUCAAACGGGUCCUCGAUGCUCUUCAGAGUGGCCAGGUUUUUAGCGCGGAUUUGCCUGACAGGCGCCAGCCAGUUGUCCAGCACUCCACCAAUUUUUUUGGACGACAGAGCAGCCCAGACUCCGCCACAGUCGGUGUGGCCACAGACAAUGAUCCGUUUCACCUUGAGAACGUCGAUGGCAAACUGAAGCGCAGACAUCGAUGAGAAAUCCUGGUAAGAAAUCAGAUUGGCGAUGUUGCGCAGGGUGAACACCUCGCCGGGAACACAGCCCAACGUGGUGCAUUCGUUCACCCUGGAAUCAGAGCAUCCAACCCACAGAGUGUGUGGAGACUGGCCCUUGCCGGACUUCUCCAGCACAGCAGGCAUCGAGUCCUGAAGGCGUUUCAUGGCAGAGCGGUUAGCUUGCAAAAUGUCAUUCACAGUGCUCUCUCUGUCAAGUUGGAAAGGCGACUCCAAACUGACAGAAACAGAAGACUGGGAACUUGGAGACGCCGACAUGCUGAUUGACGACGUCUUGUCAAGCUCAAUCUCGGACUCUGUGUCGCCGGUCUGCUUGUGAGGGUGGUGGUGGUGCCGUGGUUGGACACCCUCCUGCUCGUGCUCGUAUCUGAUAAC